UCUAUAUAUUUCCGCCUUCUUCUCACUUAGAAGCCUCUUCCAAUUCUCUUCUCUUUUACCUAUUAAUUUUCUUGCUCUCUGUGAAUUUCUUCUUCUGGGUUUUCUUUUAAGAUUAAGAAUUUGAUCUUAAACACUUCAGCUCUGUUUGUUCUUCAUCUGGUUUUUUCAGUUUUCUUUCUAAUUCCCGAAGGUUUUUAUUUUGAUGUUUAAUAACUUGUUCUUAAUGUUUCAGAUUAAUGUCUCCAAUCCUCAGUGAAAUCCUUCUUUCCGGGUUUAUGAUAAACUCAACACUUAGACGCAGGACCCAUUUAGUUCAAUCUUUCUCUUGUUUCUUCCUUUACUGGUUUUAUGUUUUCUCAUGAGUUAUAUCUCCUGAAUCUGAUCUUCCUCCUUUAAAACUCUCUUCUUUCCUUUUUCUUAUUACCAGUAAUUUAGACUUUUAAGAAGAAAUACUAGUAUUAAUUUUCAAAUUCAGGGUCCUGCGUCUUUAAAUUUUCUAUUUAUAUUAUUUUAUACUUUGAAAAUGGCUUCUUCAAGUACUACUACUGGGAGUGGAACUUCAUCAGGAGGAUCUCUAGAUACUACUCUUCAUAAGUCAGGUUCAGAAGGAGAUCUUCAACAACAUGUUGAAAUGGAUCAGAGGAAGAGGAAGAGAAUGCUAUCAAACAGAGAAUCUGCAAGGAGAUCAAGGAUGAGAAAACAGAAGCACUUGGAUGAACUCAUGGAUCAAGUAACUCAAAUUAGAAAGGAAAAUAAUCAGAUCUUAACAAGUGUCAAUCUCACUACUCAACACUACGUGAACAUUGAAUCUGAGAAUUCAAUUUUAAGAGCUCAGAUGGAUGAAUUGAACAACAGAUUACAGUCUUUGACUGAGAUCAGUCACUACUUAACUGCAAACAACAAUAAUAACAACACCCUUGAUAAUAAUAUUGGUAAUAUUGGGUUUGAUUAUCAGACUGAUUUUAUGAACCCUAAUUAUCAAAAUUAUUAUAAUCAACAACAACAACCCAUUAUGGUCAACACUAUUCAUGACAUGAAUCCAUGGAAUAUGCCAUCUUCUUAUAUGAGUCAACCCAUUAUGGCUUCAGCUGAUAUGUUUCAGUAUUGAUUCAUAAAAAUAUUUUUAUGGGUUUGGAAAUGGGGAAUUAUUUAGUGGUUUUGGGUUUGUUUGUUGGUUUAGGUAAUGAUGUGUUCAAGUUUGUGUUUUGUUUGUUAAUUGAGAGAGUGGGAGUUUGGUUUAGUGGAAAACUUGGAAAUUAUUAAGAACUGGUUUUUCUCUCUUAAUGAUUAGGUUAUAUUUUACUAGUUUGUUUAGGGAGUUUAUUAUGAUGUAAUAAUUCUCCAUUUAAAUAAAUGAUAUUAUAUAUAACUUCUAUUGUUGUUCA